AGGUCCAUCACUGGCUUUGGGCAGCAGCACCUGCGUGGGAUAGGCCUCGAAGGAUGGAACUGUCGUCGGCCUUUGCAUGUAUGGUUGUUGCGAGUCUGUACAAUAAUGUCCUUGUCUACGGGCGGUGUCCACAGUCAUCCGCUCCAAGGAAUGCUGGGGCACGCUCCACCCCCAAGGCCCAAGAACAUUGGUCAUGAAAGAUCCUAGCCCGGCAGACUCUCCCAAUAAAUACGAGGUUGGCGUUCUGGGCUGAUGCCAGUCAGGCUAAGAAUUCGGGCGUCCUCCAAUGCCUUUGCAACCACAGGCAACCCUUCGCAGGGACCGUCUCAUACCUCAACUGGCCGGAUCCCGAGCUCGACCGCUGGCACCUACUAGAUUCAGCCAAGGCAUCACAUUCGAACCAUAAAACGGCUCAUGUGGUCGCUAUGAUUGUCUUCUGAGCUGACCACAUGGCCUUCUUGUGCUCACCGCUGUGUACAGAGAAUAAUAUCUGACCUCCCGCUGUUGGCUGUGCUGUGAACAGGCUGUGUCAACUUCAGCGGCGGGACCAAACGCGAGCCGGUGGGAGCCUUCCCAACAGCACAGUGGCACCCUAUACGACUCAAUAUUCUCUCCAGAAACUGUCCACUCCCACGGAGGCCUUAUCUCUCGUUCCUUUAUUUCCCCUGGACCAUUCUUCACGAACUUGUCAGAAUCUCGUUCUUGGUCGGUUGCUGCAAUGGCGACCGCAACCGUGACGGAGCUCCUCACAAAGACAGUCAGCGCAACAGCAGCCUCCAGCACCGGCACCAUCCGGGCAACUCCUCAAGGGGGCAUCUUCGAGCAUGUUAACCCAACUCAUUAUGAUACCAAAAAUCCCAUAAUUCUAUUCAUCAUCCAAGCAAGCAUUGUCAUCAUCCUCACUCGAAUCAUUCACUUCCCUUUGGCGUAUCUCCGACAGCCGCGAGUUAUUGCAGAAGUCAUCACUGGCAUCAUACUAGGACCCUCCAUCAUGGGCAGGAUCCCAGGAUUCACGAAGCAUAUCUUUCCUACAGCCUCGAUGCCUGCAUUCUCCCUUGCUGCCAAUAUCGGAUUGGUUUUGUUUUUGUUUCUGGUUGGACUGGAGGUAGACCUGCGCUUCCUUCUGAGGAAUUGGCGCGUUGCAUUGAGCGUUGGAGCUGCUGGCAUGGCUCUACCUUUCGGACUGGGCGCCGCAAUCGCCUAUGGCCUGUACCAUGAGUUUCGAGAGGAAGCAGACAUGGCUCCCAUCAGUUUCGGUAUCUAUGUGCUUUUCAUCGGCGUGGCCAUGGCAAUCACGGCAUUCCCGGUUCUCUGUCGUAUUUUAACGUCCCUAAAAUUGCUGGGCACUCCUGUUGGUGUCAUCGUACUUUCAGCCGGUGUUGGUAACGACGUCACCGGCUGGAUCUUACUUGCACUGUGCGUUGCUCUCGUCAACUCCGGUGCUGGCCUCACUGCGUUGUGGAUCCUGCUCGUUGCUUUCGGAUACACCCUCUUUUUGGUCUUUGCAGUUAGGCCUUGUUUUAUAUACAUCAUUCGAAAAUCGGGAAGUCUUGCCAACGGGCCUACCCAAUCCGUUGUUGCCCUGACGGUACUGCUCGUCCUGGCCUCCGCGUUCUUCACCGGGAUCAUUGGCAUCCAUCCGAUUUUUGGAGCCUUCAUGAUUGGCCUCAUGGCACCACACGAAGGUGGCUUUGCGGUCAAACUUACAGAGAAAAUUGAAGAUCUUGUCAGCGUCCUGUUCCUCCCCCUGUAUUUUGCGCUAUCGGGUCUCAGCACAAACUUGGGCCUUCUGGAUACAGGAAUCACCUGGGCAUACGUGGUGGGAGUCUGCGCGGUCGCCUUCUUCGGCAAAAUCGCUGGUGGAACCAUAGCAUCGAGGUUGAACGGCCUUGUCUGGCGAGAAUCGUUGACGAUUGGCUGCCUGAUGUCGUGCAAAGGACUAGUUGAGUUGAUCGUGUUAAACAUUGGAUUACAAGCCAAGAUUUUGACGACGCGGACAUUCACCAUUUUCGUCGUCAUGGCACUCAUUACUACCUUUGCUACUACACCGUUGACAACCUGGCUGUAUCCACCAUGGUAUCAACAGAAACUGGAGCUUUGGAAGCAGGGCAAGAUCGACUGGGACGGGAACCCUCUCCCUCACAGUGGCGAGGCGGACGAAAACAGCGAUGCGGACAUGCUGGUUGAGGCCAAUGUUGCGAAAAGAGUGCUCGUCUAUCUCCGCUUGGACGGCCUGCCCAGUUUAUUCACCAUGGUGUCGCUUUUCGCGCACAAGCCAGAGGAAGUUACUAGUCUUUCCCAACCAGCGGCAGCCGCCAACGAGGCCCAGUCGAGGGAAAGGGAGGUCAUGGCAAACAGGCAGGCCUUGAGCUCGGUGCUCACGCUUCGACGGCCUCUUCAAGUCCAUGCCAUGCGCCUCAUGGAGCUGACGGAGCGAGGGUCUAGCGUGAUGCGUGUCGCCGAGAUUGAGGACUUUGCCAGUCGCGAUCCCGUCAUCAACGCCUUCGGUUCAUUUGGCCGGUCCAAAGAUAUCGCUGUCGCAGGCCAAAUUGCAGUCGUGCCGGAACACUCGUUCUCCAGCACGCUUUUGACUCGUGCACAAGACCUAAGGUCCGAUCUGGUCGUCAUCCCGUGGUCCGAGACCGGCUCCAUGUCGGAAUAUGCCAGCAUCUUCGAUGACAAAUUGGAAGAUCCCCUCGCGAACAGAGAGUUUGGAUCAAUGGUGGCUGAGGUGUUCAAGAGAGGGCGGCGAACGUGUCAUGUGGCCGUGUUCAUCGACCACAGCAUCCUCGGCGGACCGGGUGCCGCGCGAGCAGAGUCACCUCUGCAGGAGCGUCAAUCACCACUCCAACUCAGCCGGACCAUGACUGGCAAGAGCACAGUCGAGCACAUCAACUCGACUGUGCAGUUCAAGCUUCCGGACAGUGGCAGAUACCGACUUAUUGUGGUAUACCAGGGUAGCAAUGACGACUUGUUCGCCGUGCGUCUUGGUCUACAAUUCGCCAAGAACGACCUGGUCGACUUGCAAAUCCUCGAUGCGCGGACAGCUCUAGAUAAUGAUGACUACGACGAGAUGAUUGAUGAUGAGUCGCCCAAAGACGCAGAGGCAGGUCUUCACGGAGCCAGAAGGCAUACUGACCAGGAAUUCCAACUUCUUCGAACUCGUAUCCCUGACGCUGUACAGCCUCGAGUUUCCUUUACCGAUCUGGAACCAGCCGGCCAUCAGAGUGUGUUUGGAUUAAGUGUCAGGGCCGUGCUCGAGGCCAUUGCGCAACCCAGUGCCGCCGAGACUAUUGUCAUGGUCGGUCGUCGGACUUAUUCCCAUGCCUUGGACAGGAUCCCGUCCAGCUCGGGGGCCGGUAAGGCUGCUGCUGUUGGAGGAGGAAGUCGCGACGACGAAUUCCGUGGUGUCUUGGGUCCAUUGGCCACAACUCUCGUCAAGGCAAUGCAUGAGAGACAGUCAAAUGCCGGCUUGUUGGUCGUCCAGGCUCGUCGUGACCCUGGUGCCAACGUUGCUGGCCAGCCUGCUGCAGCCUAAUCCGGUGGGAAGGAAUUGACAUGAUCGACGAAAACGAGUGCACGUUGGCCAAUGAUCGCCUUUAGCAAAUAAUACCUCGGGACGACCCUCCACGUUGUACAGGGUCGAGCAGACCUGCUGGGCUUUUUGGUUUCGACUCCAGUCUCCAAGGUGAAUGGAGCGGAAUCAAAAAGCAUAGCCAAUUUGGACGGUAACGGUACUGUCAAUUCCUCGAUAUGGGACUAUGCACAACCGGCGCCGUGCAAGGUUGCAGUACUACUGAGGACCUUUGAUGGCGUCGGCACGGGCCUGAGGGCUGGGGAGCAGGUUGAGGCAAAGUUGUUCAUUUAUACACGCGGCGGCACAACACCACGUGGGAUGAAUGCAUAUACGCAAGGAACCAUUUUCAGUCCUAGGGUUUGAAUUUUUUGCUUUGGAAGCAAGUCGUUUAAUAGGGGCAUUUACUCAGGACGUAAAGCGAAGCGGAAUCACUAGGAUUUUAUAUCGUGGUGUGUAUCUGCACGAAGAUUGGCGUCGUCUCGUGUCUUAGGAUCAAUCAGUAGGACAAGUACAUGCAUGCAUGGUUUCAUCGGCUCGACCAGGCGAUUGAUUAAUAAGUCACCUUUGUUUCGAACUACAAAUGACCAGAUUAUGGUAGACGCAUCGUUGCGGCAACACGCUCAGAUCAGAAAAAGGAAGGAAAGGGAAGUAACCUUUGCAGAGACGCAGGAGGAUCAAGGUUUAUUAGAUGAUUCUUUCUCUCUCGGGAUUGAAAUUCAGUCAACAACAUUGAGCAGACUUUUGGCGAGCGGAGGCGAGCCCAGACCUAUGGAAAGCUCCUCUCUGCUCUACCGGCCAAGGCGGAUGACGCCGGCGGCGAUGAGUUUCUGGAUCUUGCUCCGGAUGCCCGAGUUCUUCAUAUGCUCGUUGAGCGCGGCGGGGUCGUUCUUGGCCUGCUGGAGGAUGGAUUGCAUGACCGGGUCGGAAAGGAUUUGCACUGUAGGGAGAAAAGGUUAGUAAGGAGUUACAAAACAACAACAACAACAAUGGGGUUCGAG